UGUCCGUGCCUUAAUGCCGUCACACUGGGUACACUUCUCCUUUGCCCAUACAUAUUCCUUCCCAAUAAAAAGCACUAGAAACGUCUACACUACUCCUUCCUCUAACCCUGUCAAACAAUUUGUCUCUCCCCUUAUCUAGAUACCCAUCCCGUGCACUGUACCUGUGACUCCCUGUUAAUAGACACCUCUCCUGCACACACCUUUGUUGUUUGCUAACCUGUUGUUAUUCACACAAACAAGGACAUUCUUUAUCUCUCCACACUCAGAUCAAACACCUUCCCAGUCGUAUCCACCCUAUUAAAUGUCCUUCCCUGCCGAAAUGAAAUUUCACCACCACCUUCCCGAAAGCCAGGGUGCGCUCCGGGAUGCGGUGUUGUGCAACAAGUGCCACGAGCCGCGGGACCUCAACACGGAGUCGCACGAAGCGUUGCUCAAGUUCCGCAACUGCCCGCCGUGUCGGGCGCUCUUUGCGCAGCUGAAGAAACAGCAGCGCACCAAGAAGAUCAACGCCGAGUCGCACGUGUUCAAUUCUGCCGAUAAAUUCUUUGCGCAGUGUGAUUACGCGCACAACCACACACCGCAGCGACAGAUCGACCACUUGAAGCUUCGGAUGGUGUGGGAUGCGCGGAAGGGAGGCAUUCCACCACCGCCGCUCUACUCCAAGGAGCAACUUGUGGGAAUGGGGCGCGACCACCAGCAGCUCCUCCAGGAGGUGAAAACGUACUUCAAGGAAGCUCUCAUCGAGCCAUUAGAGAGCAUCGUGGGAUGCGCGUUUGCCAUCCGUUCGUCCAACUUCAAGAAAAACAACAAAGUUUAUCUCUCGCUCCUCUGCUGCAAGGACGAGAACGGACUUGCAAAGACAAAGUCAAAGGGUCUACGGGGGUUCACCAAUAAAAAGCGGAUCUUCCGCUGCGAGUCGCUUAUCAUUGCGAACUAUUCCCCCCUCGAAGGCUGCAUCAAUAUGGAGGUGAAUCAUCACAGCCACGAUGUUUGUCCGGUGGUGGAUGAAGACGGAAAUGUGACGUUCACCACGGAUAUGCGAAUGGCAGCUGUGGAUCCCCAGGAGAUGCUUCACGACAACAUGUUAGCGCAGGACGACUACCCAUACCAGCGCAUCCAGGAGAACCCGCACAACCUCCAACAGCUCCAGCAGCACACCAACCAGUUGGAGCACGAGUUGGCCGUCAUGGCAGCAGCGGCAGCUGCGGUGCACCCCAUGAAGGAAAAGCUUGAGCCGCUCUCCACGACCGAUUUAGCGGCCCAGUUCGUCGCAGCACAUCUCCAGCAGUUCACUCAGAGCCAGAUGCUCCAACAACAGCAGCUCCAACAACAGCUGCUCCAACAGCAACAACAGCUCCAGCAAAUGCGGCAGCAGCAGCUCCAGAUGCAAAGCCAUAAACUUAAGGCGCUCGAGGAGAUGUCAAAUGCGAAUAUCGACCAGCAGUUGUUGGGUGCCGGUACACUUGAUGACGACAUCCACCAGCAGGUUGCCGCCAUGGAGACGCAGUAUUCUGGGAACAUUGAAGAGCUCGAAGGCGAGGGCUACCAAGAGGAGGGAUUGGAGGGUCAAUCACUCGAAAACGGGCACAUGCAUUUGUUGCCUGAUGAUUUACUCUAGGAGUAAGGGUAGAAGUUGUGAGGCUGCAAUAUAUGGAGAGUAGAAAGAUCAAGUGUAGGGGUGGGGGGAGAUGGAAUAUUCCAACCUCAUUAAAGGUGAAAAAAGUGUAUUUGCCCGCUCAGAGUAGGGUCAAAAUCUCUCCGUUCGCUAACCCCAGUUCUCGAAACAACCAUACUGGAUGCUUUUUUAAACGUUUAUGUUUAAAAAGAAACCUUGUUUAAAUCAAUGCCUGUUAUCAGUAUAUCAGAGUUAUCAUUUAUUACGAUUCGCGACUAAUGUCUACAGUUAAACGCCAUUCUCAA